AUGACUUUGACCCGCUCUCAAACGGGGAAAACCCCCAAGAAGAUGGAGCGCCCCGGUUAUAUCGAGACCCCUGGCCGUCGUUCCACUCGCAAGAGCGCUGCAUUCGAGAUGAGCGAGAAAGACGUGUCCGAUACGCCCUCCGAGACCGGAUCCAAGUCUACCACUCGCCGUCGCACUUCCGCCAAGGUCAAGUCCGAGGAUGAGGAUGAGGUAGAGGUCCCCGCGAAGGUUGCGACUAAUGGCCACGCCGCCAAUGGUUCGGCCAAGCCCAAGUCGCGCAUCGUUGAUGGUUGGGAGGAAGGCUUGGACCCGAAGAUUGACUACAGCGGACACUAUGAGUUUGGUGGCUCUCCAGGUGUCCUGGCCAUGAUGAUCGGUUUCCCCAUGCUCAUGUACUACAUGUGGAUUGGCGCGACCUAUUACGAUGGCAAGUUCCCUCGUCCGGAGGAGGGCCAGAGCUAUGGCGAGUUCUUCUCCCAUCUGGUGAACUUGGUCUAUACUGGCGCGUUCCCUUCGCUGAAGGCGUGGACGAUCUACUGGGUUUUCUUCAUCUUUGAGGGUGCCUGCUACCUUCCCUACUACUGCUCGGGCGUGUGGUCGUUCUACACUAGCAUUAUCUUGGCGCUUGCCCUUCACUUCACUGGCCUGUUCAAGCUGUACACCAUAAUUGACGAGUUCGGCCCUCUUCUGAGCGUUGCGAUUCUGUCCGGCUAUCUGGUCUCCUUCGUGGCCUACUUCUCGGCUCUGUACCGUGGCCAGCAGCACCGUAUGACAGGCUCCCCGAUCUAUGACUUCUUCAUGGGUGCGGAGCUUAACCCGCGCAUGUUCGGCAUUCUGGACUUCAAGAUGUUCUUCGAGGUCCGUCUGCCUUGGUACAUUCUGCUGGGCCUGUCCAUGGGUGCUGCCGCUCGUCAGUACGAGAACUACGGUUAUGUGUCUGGUGAGGUUAUGUUCCUCGUCAUGGCUCACUUCCUUUAUGCCAACGCUUGCUCUAAGGGUGAGGAGUGCAUCGUGUCUACCUGGGAUAUGUACUACGAGAAGUGGGGCUUCAUGCUCAUCUUCUGGAACCUGGCCGGUGUGCCCUUGAGCUACUGCCACUGCACCAUCUACCUGGCCAACCACGACCCCUCCGAGUACCACUGGAACCGCUUCUUCCUCGCUUUCCUGUACAUCGCCUACCUCUUCGUCUACUGGGUCUGGGACACCACCAACAGCCAGAAGAACCGAUUCCGUCAGCAGGAGCGUGGCACUAUGGUCCAGCGCAAGUCUUUCCCCCAGCUGCCGUGGCAGACUCUGGAGAACCCCAAGACUCUGACCGGUCCCGAUGGAUCUAAGAUUCUGGUUGAUGGAUGGUACGGCAAGGCCCGCAAGAUCCACUACACUUGCGAUCUGUACUUUGCCCUGAACUGGGGUCUGAUCACUGGCUUCUCCAGCCCCUUCCCUUGGUUCUACCCCCUCUUCUUCGCUUGCAUGAUCUCCCACCGUGCUCUGCGUGAUAUCCAGCGUUGCCGUAUCAAAUACGGCGAGACCUGGACUGAGUAUGAGAAGCAGGUUCCCUACUUGUUCAUUCCUGUGAGUAUCACCAGACUACCCAGGCCUACAUUUUCGAGCAAUGCUGACCAGCCACGACUACAGUACGUCUUCUAA